CGUCAUCACGCACAUAUCCGACCUGUCCUUGAAGCUACAACGCAGGCAAGAUGGUUGCAUACUGGAGACAAGCAGGCCUCAGCUACAUCCGCUUCUCUGCUAUCUGCGCGAACGCGGUGCGGGCUGCACUGAAGCCGCAGUUCAAAACCGAUGCACUGAAGGCCGCAGAAGCCAGCGUCAAAGUCCUCAAACCCAAAACAGCUUGAUGUGAGACCGUGAUCUAGAUAGUUUUUCCCUGUAUUGUGGGGACCUAUUCUGUCCUGCACACCGUGGAGAAGAGUAAAAGAUGGUUGACACCAAGAUGACCUGUUCGGAGACUGGGGGCCUGAAUGAAUUUGCUGUUUUUUUCCCUUUCAUUUGUAAUUAAAAUUGUAUUAAAGAUGGAUAUCGGAAAUACAUUUUUCCCCUUGCUUUAUUGGUGAAUGUCCAGCACUGCAGAACAAGACAUUGAAACACUUUUGUCUGUAACAACAAAUUUUAUUUUGGUACAAAUAAAUCAGUGCAAUAUGA